GACGUCGGACAUUUCCGCCAUAUUGAAAUCCCGUUCUGACUCAAUGCAAAUACCAGUGUUAGUGAAACUAAGAUUUCUACUGCAAAAAAGUGUAAUUAAAUCAUUUAAAUUGAAUGGACAGCUAGAAAGAUGUUUAUUUAAUCAUAUUUGGAUUAUCAAUAUCAUAUCAUCCAUAUGGCAUGAAUUACAGUCAGAGCAGUCAUAGCCUAGAGCUGAUUGACACUGAACAGGAUAUAUUUGACAGUCAGCAGGAUAUAUUUGACAGUCAGCAGGAUAUAUUUGACAGUCAGCAGGAUAUAUUUGACAGUCAACAGGAUAUACCCCAGGCCCAGUCAGUCUCUGUAGAGAAUUUCGAGUUGAUUUCCAGUGACAGCUCCCCAUACAGUACUGUCAGUAGUAUACCUACCGACCCGCCUAGCCCUGUAUUUCGUAAGCGUAGACGCUUAGCUCGUGUGGAUGUGACGUCGUCACAGGCAUCAACAAUUCAGCCAGAAGACGUGACAGAUUCUCAGACGUCAGACACGGUCCCUUCUUUCCCAGACUGGUUCAACAUUAUGUACGAUGGGGAUGAGGCCAUAUACACAUAUCACCAUCUAGAUGCUGAUGUUGACAAGGCUGAUAUGCAGAUCCUCAUAUAAAAUUAAGGUGCCCAAGACAGGAGAAAAGUGAACCGUAUUGCUGGGGACUCCAAUUCUCAUCGGAUUAAGGAUAUUCUUCCUGACGAUAUAGCUGUCAAAUGCCUGCCAAUCUCUGAUGAGAAUAUGUAAUGACAAUGGUAUAGAACAGUAAUUACAGUUUCAGGUUUGUUUCUAUUAAUGGUAUCACAUGUACACAUUUUUCUAAACGUUAAAACAAAAUGAUUAAUGAAAUAAUCAAAAGGUUACCGUUUAAACGGUAUUCAUAUGUCAGUUAUAAAAGCGUCAUUGACAUCGCAUUUCCAAACUGAAAGUAAUGAUUAUUUCCAGAAGUUAUAUUCAGAUCAUUACCCAUUUGGGCAAUGACGUCAUAUUAAAACCAACUGUUCUUGCCGUUGUUGAGUCAUUGGGUACACAUUUUCUACUUACAUGCCGUAGUAUUUUAUAACAAAGACAAAUAAAUAUUGAUCCCACAUUUCUUCAAUAAGACUACACCUGUGUAAAUUUUUUAUUGUUUUCUACCUAACAAGAUGUACAUAAAAACGAGUAUCUGUUUAUUAAAUUAAAAAUGAAUGCGGAUGAAUAAAUGUCGGAAAAAAUGUCCUCAUGCACGUUGUGCUGACGCGCGUCAAAUGUUCAAGACAAUUCGGGGAAUGAUCAUGCAACAAAUAGCUGGAAAAUUUUCCCGAGCACUUUGUGCCGACGUGUGUCAAAUAUUCAAGACGUCUAGGUCGUACAUGGUGUUUUGUUAUGUUUACGCUGUUGUGAAUAAGGGCCAUCUGGCACACAUGAUACAAAUGUAUACCAGUCUUUUUUUAACAGCUUUUAAUAAGUUUUGCAACAUUGUAACGUAAUGAACUAAAAUGGAUUAUGUUGAUAUCAACAGUCGUUUAAAUGUUUACUGUUUUUGUAAACAUUUUUGAGAAAACACGAAAUGCCACCAUUUAAACGUGAUACUCAUAGUUUCUAUAAAUGAUGUAAUUAUUUCAUUUCUUUAUACUUAAACAGUUCAAAUGUCAAGUCCUAAGCUUCGUAUGAUUACAGUAUUUGUCAUCAAUAUAAAGUUAAACUUAUUAUGCUGAUGUCAUCAUGUGCAAUGAUUGGCAUCAUUGCGUUUUCUAACUAAUUUGCAUGGUUAUAUAUUUUAUUUAAGCGUGUGGAAUAUUUUACAGAUUGUAGGGAAUUGUAAUUGCAAACUUUUCAUUUUAAUCGUGAGGCAAAGCAUGAA